CGAAAGUUGCACAUGAUAAGUUCACCAACAUAACUGCUCUCUCUCUAUCUAUCUAUCUAUCUAUCUCCGUCCGAAUCCGAGCCGCAAAAAUAGAGUCCACCGAUCGUAAGAGGAAGAAAGUAUCAUCGUCGUCGUCGAUCCCGAUCUCGUCAGCAGAUCGGACGGACAGGGAGAAGGAGAAGGAGAAGGAGAAGAGAAAAAGCCAGAGCAACAAGAAAAGGUCGAAAAUGUCGUCGGGCAAUCAGGUGAGGGCGUCGCACAUCCUGAUCAAGCACCAGGGCUCUCGUAGAAAGGCCUCUUGGAAGGAUCCAGAAGGACGUGUCAUCUCCAACACCACCCGUGACAGCGCCGUCUCUCAGCUCAAAGCCAUCCGCGACGACAUCGUUUCCGGCAAGACCAAGUUCGAGGAUGCUGCCUCUCGCUACUCCGAUUGCAGCUCCGCCAAGCGUGGCGGUGAUCUCGGUCCUUUUGGCCGUGGCCAAAUGCAAAAGCCUUUUGAAGAGGCAACAUUUGCUAUUAAGAUUGGUGAGAUAAGUGAUAUCGUUGAUACUGAUAGUGGUGUCCACAUCAUCCUGAGAACUGGUUGAUAAUAGAGUAGACCAAGAAAUCUCUGAAUUUAUGAAGAUGUUCGAGUGAAGUACGUUUUGCUUCUGGUUGAGGCGAGGACGUCAGCUAUAUGAUAAUCCCUUGUCGUAAUUCCUAUGUGUUAUGUUAUCUAAACUCAUGCAUUGAAAGUACCUAAACAUGGAUCUAUAUAUUGUUCCUAUGACAUUUGAUUCUUGAAGUUUUAUGGUUGUACUUUUGGAAUGAUUGAAUUUCAAUGACUAUAACUUCCUGGUUUACUUUA